AUGCCACCGGCAGGCAACGAGUACGCCGCCGAGCAGCUCAAAAACUCCGGAAACAAGUGCUUUAAGAAUGGUGAUUACGACGGAGCUGAGGGGCUGUACUCGCAAGCGAUACAGAAGAACUCAGCGAACCCGUUACUGUUCACGAAUCGCGCAAAUGCGAGGUUAAAGCUGGAGAAAUGGGAGGGUGUGAUUGAUGAUUGCAUACGGAGUAUUGAGCUUCUAAAGGAUAAUAUGAAGGCUUUCUUCUACUUGGCGCAGGCACAACUCAGCAUAAAUCAUCCGAAUGAGGCAUUAUCGAGUGCCCUGAUGGCCUACGAACUCUGCACUACCUCCGCCCAACAAACCUCCAACGCAGCGACAAUCUCCGCACUCGUUCUCAAGUGUAAGAAAGCGAAAUGGGACAUACGCGAACGCGAGCGCAUACGGCGACGCGGGGGCCUCUCAUCCGACCUUGAGGCCAUGCUCGAAACACAGUACAAGAAAGAUGUAGAUGAUAUUGAUGCACGUGUCGAGGCUAGUGAAAUAAGCAGAGUAGAAGGGCAAGAAGAGAAGGAGGAGAGAAAGACUGAGUUUGAGAAGAAACGAGAUGAUUUGAGGACAGCGUUUAUGAUUAGUGAUCCGGAGAAUCAGCAGAAGAGAGAAGUGCCAGAUUAUCUCGUUGAUGGGAUCACAUUCGAGAUCAUGCAUGAUCCUGUAGUGACAAGAAACGGACGCUCAUAUGAGCGUGCUACGCUCAUAGAACACCUUAAGCGGAGCCCAACAGACCCGCUCACCAGGGAAACUUUGACGAUCAGCGAUCUGAGGCCAAAUAUUGCGCUGAAAGAAGCGUGUACGGAGUUCAUGGAGGGUAACAAUGGCUGGGUCUACGAUUGUAAGGAUGGUGAAGUAGAUCAGGAUACGCGAUGGGCGCACUUGUCGCACACCUGA